AUGUCCAUGACCACGGCUCUAAGUCUCAUGGUGUACGUGGGCAUCAGUGUACCUGGAUUCGCGAUUUUGUAUUUCCACGGCCACGCCAACCUGCAAAAAUUUAUGCUGAAACACUGUAUACAAGAUAUAAACGCCAAGUUCGAGCACGUAGAGUACAUAAGAUGGAACAACGCGGAGUACCACAAACAGAUCGAAGAUAAAUUGAUGUCGUGUGUAAAGUACCACAUCCAGUUCACUGAAACCGCUUCCAGAGCCUUAGGACUCACGCAAGUGUACGUUCUGCCGUUUCAAAUCAUGGGUACCUGCGUAAUGGCUAGCAUUCUUCUAGUCUUUUUUGCGUUUGAAGGUUCUUUGUCCGACCAGUACCUUCGCAUGGUACUUAUGGUACUUACGACGUCUGCUAUGUUGCUGGGGUUUGCAGCCGGUGGGCAAGGAAUCGAAGAUUGGUCGGAGGAAAUCUACGAAGCUCUGAGCCAAGUCGAGUGGUACCACUGGAACUCAAAAAACAAAAAAACUUACCUGUUUUUCCUGAUGCACGCAACGCGAAAAUUCAAGAUCAAGUAUUCUGAAAACAUUUCGCUUAACUAUCAGUUGGGGUUAAAGGUCGUGAACGCCAUUUUCUCCGCCAUGUCGGUCAUAUAUAGUUUACAGCAGAAGAAGAACUCGUAAGUAAAG